AUGGCAGAACUCCCCAGCGCACGAAUCACACAAGCCAAACCCUUCACCCACACUGGACUGGACUAUUGUGGUCCAUUUCUCAUCAAGGAAAGACGAUAUCGCAAUACCAAAAAGCUCAAAAUCUGGAUCUGCAUAUUUGUCUGCUUCACCACAAAGGCCGUGCACAUCGAAUUAGUUGAUGACUUGACCAGCGAGGAAUUUCUUGCUACCCUCAGUCGAUUUAUCUCCAGACAUCCGUCUUGCAAGGCUCUUCACUCCGACAAUGCAACGACAUUCGUUGAUGCGCACAGGGAAUUGAAGGAUUUCUACACUCUCCUCAAUGACAAAAAUCAUGCUGAUUUUAUCCAUCGACACCUCGCUGAUCAAGGCAUCAAAUGGGACUUCAUUCCCCCUGUAUCUUCACACUGCGGUGGCAUUUGGGAAGCUGCCGUAAAAUCCUGCAAACAACACAUGAAGAAAGUCAUCGGGAAUGAGUUGCUAACCUAUCAGCAACUCAACACUCUAUGCAUCAAAACUGAGGGAAUCCUCAACUCACGAUCUCUGACUCCAUUAUCCUCUGAUCCGAACGACUUCACGGCACUCACUCCAGCACAUUUUUUACAUGGAGAUAUUAACACCGAUCUGCCAGCACCGGAUUGGAGAGAGACACCCAGCAACCGUCUCUCUUAUUGGCAACAUCUUGAACAAAUCAAACAACACUUUUGGAACCGCUGGCAUAGAGAAUACCUCUCUGAACUGAAUAUUCGGCAUAAGUGGACUUCAGGGCAUCACGACAUCAGUGUUGGUACACUGGUUCUCCUGCGUGAUGAUAAUCUACCUCCUCUGAAAUGGCGCAUGGGUCGCGUCAUUCAGACUUAUCCCUCUGACGACGGUGUCAUCAGGAAGGUGAAGGUUCGAACAUCUACUGGAGAAGUCGAUCGGAAUGUUCGACGACUAGCACCACUGCCCAUGGACUCCAACAACUCAAAGAAAUAA